AUGGCCGCCGCAAUCUAUGACACAGUACACAUAGGUGGUCUGCCGCCAGGCACUUCGGACGCAGUCAUCAAGCAGAUCUUCGGCCAGUAUGCGCCCAUAUACACCACAAAUGUACUGGAGUCGGGUCCUGGCCAGGCAGUGGAGGCUUUGGUUGGUGUCGCGAAAGAAGCAUCUGCUUGGCUCGUCCAGAACCUGAACGGUAACAUACCACAAGGCAUGACCACGCCAGUGACCAUUCAGAUGAUGCCUCCUGAGCAGCAAGACAAGAAGGAACCUGCACGAGACCAGGGGUACCAAGUGGUGCCAUUCAAUCCGGGUCAAAUGCAAGUGGCCAGCACACAACAGUACUUGCAAGUGGAGGGUAUUCCAGAAGGUUGCUCCGAAGACCAGGUGAAGCAAAUCUUCGGGCAAUAUGCGACGAUUGUCUCUGUCAAGUCUGUGGCUGGCAAAGGAGCUGCUACACAAUGGCUGCUUCAAUUCAGCACAGCAGAGGAAACCAAGUACAUCCAUGAGACUCUGGGCGGAAACAUUCCGCAAGGUCUUCAGAACCCUGUUGCCAUAAGACCUGCAGGAUCAGGUCAAGAAGCCAUGGAAGAUCAGCGUUCUGUGCAGAUGCUGGCAGGGAAGGGAAAGGGCAAGACAGACUUCCCACCUCAUGUGACAUUGUAUGUGACUGGCCUGCCUCUGGGCUUUAAUGAGGACAGCCUUCGUGAUUUCUUCAAUCAGUAUGGGGACGUGUACAGCAGCAAGGUGCUGCCUGUGUCUGGUGGAAAGUCUACCAUGGCAGGUUUUGUUCGCAUGCCUGAGUUCGAGGGCGGAUGGUGUGUGGAGAACUUGAAUAACUUCCAGCCUGAAGGCUACAGCAUGCCGCUCCAGGUGACAUUUCCGAAAGAUUCCGCUGACAAGGGCAUGGGCAAGGGUGGCAUGGCCAACAAGGGUGAUCAUGAGGCCUACGCGAUGUCCAACGGAGGCUCUACCUUUGGAAAGGGUGACUAUGCCGACUUCAAGGGUGACAGCAGCAAAUCUUGGAAUGAGAAGGGCGCGUGGGGCAAUGGCAACGAUGCGAACGAGGUGAAGAGUGUUUUCAGUGGGGGCAAAGGCUCCUGGUCCUGGGACAAAGGAUCCAGCAAAGGUGCUGCGCAGGGAAAGGACACUAAGGGUUGGGGCAAAGAAAAGGGUUCCGACAAAGGGAACUGGGGAUGGGACAGUGGUUGGGGAAAGGGAUGCGGCAAGGCCACAAAGGGCAAGGGCAAGAAGCCAGGACCUUAUUAG